AUGGCUACUGGCGCCCAGUCGUUCUAUGAGCUCUAUCGCCGUAGCAGCAUUGGCAUGGCUCUGACAGAUACUCUGGAUGACCUCAUCAGCGACGAGCGCAUAAACCCCCAGCUCGCGAUGAAGAUCCUGGGCAACUUUGACCAGGCCAUCACCGAGGCGCUUCAGAAGAAUGUCAAGGCUCGCCUUACUUUCAAGGGCAGUCUUGAUACCUACCGAUUUUGCGAUGAGGUUUGGACCUUCCUCAUCCGAAACGUCACUUUCAAAAUGGACGGAUCGAGCGUCGUUGUCCCCGCGGACAAAGUCAAGAUUGUUAGCUGUAACGCUAAGAAGCCCGGCGAAACCUGA